UGAUAUAACCAAUACGUAAUGCGUUGAGCUAGUCACUUGAAGCUGCGACCCCAGUAAGCAAUGACGUAAACGUAACCGGCCAUCUCCAUUAUGAUCGUUACGGGUUAUUUCUUUAGCCGGAUACGCAUUGCCCUGCUUCCUAUUUGUGGAUUAGUUAUGCUUUAUACACUAUGGACGUCUAACACCACACAACAAGGUUUAGCUGAAUCAGACGCUGGUCAGUCCUCUCCGAUAGACGUUCCUGUAGUACGCCGGGAGUCACAUAAGACUAGCAUGGCCAGUACACUGCCAACGCCAGAACCGUCUUUGGAACAUCCCAGUAACGUUACAAAGGGUUAUUUGGUUUAUGACUGCAGUCAUCGGUGGCCAGGAUCCUGUGGCGGCUGGUCAGACAGAAUUUCCGGGAUUUUAUCGACUUACGUACUGGCAAUAUUGACCAACAGACAAUUUCUGAUCAAUGUUGACAAUCCUUGUCCACUUGAAAAUUACUUUGAGUCGAAAUUAUACGACUGGCGAUACAACAAAACACUUUUAGGACAUAAACCAUCUAGUAAUUACUAUUUGAAAGAUGAUCAAGGAUGGAAAAUCAUGAAGAUAUUAUUGACAGCUAAAUCUGCCAAACCAAUAAAGGAUUUCUUCACUGCCCACGUCAGCUUUGUGCGUAUUAACUGGGACAUGACUCGGGAGUUCCGAAAGUUCUACCACGUGGAGAAUUACGUCCCUUGGAUAACACGACUCCAUUUUGCCGAUAUUUAUCGUUAUAUAUUCGACAUAUUUUUCCAGCCAAAGCCUUUCUUGCUCGAUAUAAUAGACACCGUUCAAAAAAGCAAACAUAAAAACGCAACGUUUUGUGCUCACCUAAGGAUUGGAAGAAGCUCGACACUUCCUAACGACAACGUACGGACAAAACCGGAACACAUCCAUAUUAUGCUCGACUUCAUAGAGACCAUCGACAAAAGUAAACAUGAUUUAUUUUUAGCUACCGAUUCAGAAAAAAUACUACAUGAAUUUGAAACUAAAUAUUCCAAAAACUCCAUUCUAACUGUCCCAGGAAGGAUAACACAUAUAGACCAAACUAAAACAGGCGAUGUGUGUGAUGGAUUUCAGAAACAACUUCUCGAUUUUCUUUUUCUGCGAACUUGUGACAAACUCGUAAUUUGUGAGAGCGGGUUCAGUAUGAUGGCCGCCUAUUGGCGGGAUAUCUCCGAGGGACUAUACUGUUGGACUCCCUACACAGUCGUCCCCUGCUCCCGGUAUACCGUACAUGACUUUUUCCCAAAACCGUUAUUGAGUUCUCCGCGAUGAGUUUCAUCUUCUAUUUCACCUUAUAUAAACAAAUUUUCCAUGCUUAAAACCGCGAUGACAAUCAUAUACCAAGACUGUAGUCCGCAUAUGUCACUUCCGGUACAAUCAACAUAGUCUAUGACUGACUACAACGUCUACACACAAUUUAUAAUGGCGUCUCAUCGUUUAGUUGUUACUUCCGGUCUUUUACCCACAACCCAAAGCCACUUGUAAGUAAUAUGUCGUCACUUCCUGUUCAUAAUAUGCAAACACCGCAUUCCCUUGUAACUAGUUACUACUUCAAUGACAACAAGUAAUUUUACACUGUCUUUAUAUGCGUAAAACAAUCCUAAUAGUUUCUUAGAAGAAAGUGACAUUACUUCCGGUACAACAGGUUUCAAUAUAUUAUGCAACACACACAACUGCGCAUUACAAUUUCCUAAGUAAAUGAGUUGGCACUUCCGGUAAAUAACACAUUGUCAUUAUAAUACUUUGCGCCCUUGGAACGGAACAGCUAAUUAAAGGUGACUACACAUAGGGCAUGUAAAGUACAAUAUUACUGGUCACGAUAGCAUGACACCGACCCCUUUAAAACCGAUGCAAUUACAUUAUACGAUUUUCUUUUCUACGCCAUCAACACACAAAAGUCGAGAAAUGUGAUGCCACGGUCACUGUCACGUUGCUGUCAUCUUGAGAUUGAUUUUUUAAGAAGAGAUAAAGCGAUAUUUCAUAAAAUUCCAGAAUUGAUAGCCUUGUUUCGAUUUAAAAAAAUCAGGAAUGACAAUUCUGAUUACUUCUGUACCGUCAUGACAGGAAAAUGAUAUGUUAAGGCAGAAUCCUUGUCAAUGUGCUGAGGACUAUUUCAAGCCAUCUUGUUUGAGUAUAAUUGAUAUUCAGGUGUGUGUUUCCAAAAGAAGUAGUCGAUGUGAUGACAUUCCCUCGCGCGUUGUUAGAAAUGACAGUAUUAAGAGCCAUUUUAUCUAUCAAUUACGCCGUUCUUUAUUCAUGUUAAACCACCGCACGUGAAACUGAUAGACACAUCAGUAUAUCUGGCCAAUUUAUAUUACAUUUUAAAUAUGCAGAUUGCAAACACAAAUGUCACAUUCGAUUACUUUUCCUCUUCACAUAUAUGAAAGUAACAGUAGUGAAAAUGAUUUUCAUAAAUAUAUUUUAUAUGACGUGUUCCAUUUCGGCCUCAGCUCCUCCUAAAUAGAAUGAAUUGCCAUGCAAGACUGAUUGUUUCUAGACUUUUGUUUCAUUUUGUUAUUGACUGUGUUCUUGAAUUGUCUAUCAGAAUGUACAUCACAACCAUAUCUCAAUAUUUACAUUCUGUAUGC